AUGAUUUCCAAAAGUUCCUACCAACAUAAGUAUUUCAACAUAGCUUUGAGUAAAAUGAAUUUUGUUAGAAGCUGUGAAUUUCAUCCAAACUAAAUGUGGAAGAGUUAUUGAGGACCUAGUUUGAAUUGGUGUUGCCUAUUACAUCAAUAAUAAUCCAUAAGCCAAUUUUUUAGUAUUUAUGAAUUAUCUAUAAUUUAAUUAGGACUACACAAAAUAUAGACCUCAUUUAACCGAGAUUUGUAAUCAGAUACAAAUCUGUGCUAUAAAUAGGCUUCUUUGAGGUUACAAGGUGCUAAUUAGGCUUCUUAUUGCUAUUAGAAUAUAAUGCUUACACAAAGGAAAUUUGAUCAGCUCUUAUUAUAUUAUUAUCAUAUUUGA